GAAUGUGGGGUUUUAGUGAGACAAUUAGACGCGACGAAAAUGAAGGUUGCUCGCAAUUUCUGUGCUAACAUUUGUAGUAUUUUACUUAUAGCUUCGAGUACUUUCGCCGCGAGGAUUCCACCCAGUGAACAACAUACGUGGUUGGGUUUCGGCGAAAGGGAGCUCGGGGACCAGCUUCUCAUUUUGGACGAGCGAACAACGAAUUCAACGGUCCCCAUUUCACAAUCAAUCAUCUUCCAAUAUGAGGAUUUGUCAUUUACAUUUGCAAAUCUGACAGUUUAUGAUGGUUUCGACAAGGUUAUUCAUACUUACGACAACUUCUUAUCAAAGACUGAAGUACAAUUCAUCAAUUCAACCCGUGCCGAAGCUCAAAUCGCCAUCUAUGGAUUUUCAAUAAUGCCAAUGAAAAAACAACCCGGCACUGCGGAUAGCAAGCCUAAGAAAAUUGUGUUUUCCAAUAAUAAAAGGAGAGUGUGAUUGUGAUUGUGUUCGAAAAUGUGUUUUUGAUGGCUUACAGGUGUAAUAAACGGCAAAAAUUCAUCAAA